GCAGACCGUCUCGCUAGCUCCCUCGAGUAUUUCUGUCCUGCUGCUGUUACGUAAGUGCCGGUGCCCCAGUUCGCUUGUGCAGCUCCCUGCCUUAGGCACGAUGAUGCGCUGGAGCCUACGCCAAAGGUGCUGAGAUUUCCUACAGGUGCUGUUCUGGGCCCUGCGAGGGCUGGCGCUGGGGCGGAGGUGCCUGACUGAUUGCCCCAGGCAUGCUGUGCCAGGGCUGAAGGUUGAAGGCUGAAAGGAAGCUGUCCAAGAUCCUCACCUCGCCAAGGACAGUGGCUUGCAGGGAGAAUUCUGUCAGGGGAAGUGGACUCGCUGCAAAGAGAUCAUGGCCUCAUCCCGACUAGUGGCAAGAUCUAGAGAUAUUGCCAAUGUCAUGCAAAGGCUUCAAGAUGAGCAAGAGUCUGUGCAGAAAAGGACUUUCACAAAAUGGAUCAAUACUCAUCUGGCUAAGCGCAAUCCUCCCAUGCUGGUGAAUGAUCUGUUUGAAGAUAUCAAAGAUGGGGUAAUGUUAAUUGCCCUUUUGGAGGUUCUUUCAGGACAGAAGCUGCCUUGUGAGCAGGGACGUCAGCUGAAGAGAAUUCACUGGGUUGCCAACAUUGGCACAGCUCUUAAGUUUCUAGAAGGAAGACGGUCCAUAUACAGAGGAUCUCCGAUUAAGCUUGUCAACAUAAACUCAACUGAUAUUGCUGAUGGCAGGCCUUCUAUUGUGCUUGGCUUGGUGUGGACCAUAAUUUUGUAUUUCCAGAUUGAAGAGCUUACCAGCAACCUCCCACAGCUGCAGUCGUUGUCUAGCAGUGCUUCUUCUGUGGAAAGUGUUGUCAGUUCAGAAACUGCAAGUCCCCCAAGCAAACGGAAGGUGGUAACCAAGGUCCAGGGAAGUGCCAGGAAGGCUUUGUUAAAAUGGAUUCAGUACACAGCAGCGAAGCAAGUUGGAAUUGAAAUCAAAGAUUUUGGACAAAGUUGGAGGAGUGGUGUUGCAUUUCAUUCCGUUAUUCAUGCUAUCCGUCCAGAUUUAGUGGACAUGGAGAAAGUGAGGGGAAGGUCAAACAGAGAAAACCUGGAAGAAGCCUUCACACUUGCAGAAGCAGAACUAGGAAUUCCAAGGCUCCUUGAUCCAGAAGACGUGGAUGUUGACAAGCCAGAUGAAAAGUCUGUCAUGACUUAUGUAGCCCAGUUUUUGAAGUACUAUCCUGAUCCUCAUCAUACAGUGACUGAUGUGCAGGAGAAUGAUGAACUUCAAGCAAUCCCAACUUUUGUCAUUUCUUUUAUGAAAUUUAAGAAGGAAGACAGACUGAUGCUGAGAGACCUAAAAGUGUGGGCAGAACAAUUUGAAAGAGACUUGACCCGAGCACAGAUGGCAGAAACAAGCUUACAGGAGAAAUACCAGUCAUUUAAGCAUUUCAGAGUACAAUAUGAGGUAAAAAGGAAACCGAUUGAACUUGUAACCCAGUCAUUAAGGAAAGAUGGUAAAUUAUCACUUGAUCAAGCUAUCGUGAAGCAAGCAUGGGACAGAGUUUCUUCCAGGCUACUUGACUGGCACAUACACCUUGAUAAAUCUCUUCCUGCACCUUUGGGUACCAUAGGUGCUUGGCUUUAUAGAGCAGAGGCUGCUCUGAGAGAAGAAAUUACUGUUCACCAAGCUCAUGAGGAAACAGCGAAUACAAUACACCGGAAGCUUGAACAACAUAAGGUAGAUCUACAUACAUUCAUUCUGUGCAUUAUAAUUCCUUGUUUCCAAAGAAUACAGGUCGGGUACCACAUUCAUUCGUGUAAGAUAGAGCAAGCGAUCCUGAAACCUUUUGAUGCUGAGUUUAAUUUUGUUGUCUCUUCAUCUGAGCUCCAUCUGUUGAAGAUGGAGUUUCUGGAACUGAAGUACCGUCUACUGUCACUCUUAGUCCUUGCAGAAUCAAAGUUAAAAUCAUGGAUUAUCAAAUAUGGAAGGCGAGAAUCAGUGGAACUACUUCUUCAAAAUUAUAUUUCUGUUAUUGAAAAUAGUAAGUUCUUUGAGCAGUAUGAAGUUACUUACCAGAUCUUGAAAAGAGCAGCUGAAAUGUAUGCCAAAGCAAAUGGCUCAGUGGAAGAAGUUGAGAAUGUAAUGAAAUUCAUGAAUGAAACAACAGCGCAGUGGAGAAACCUGUCGGUAGAGGUGAGAAGUGUAAGAAGCAUGUUGGAAGAAGUAAUUGCAAAUUGGGACAGAUAUAGCAGCACUGUGGCAGGUCUACAAGCUUGGCUGGAAGAUGCUGAAAAAAUGCUGAAUGAGCCUGAACAUUCUAAAAAGGAUUUCUUCCGGCACUUACCUCACUGGAUCCAACAGCACACAGCCAUGAAUGAUGCUGGUAAUUUUCUGAUUGAAACGUGUGAUGAGACCAUUUCCAGAGACCUAAAACAGCAGCUUCUGUUACUAAAUGGAAGAUGGAGAGAAUUGUUUAUGCAAGUUAAACAGUAUGCUCGAGCAGAUGAACUGGACAAAAUGAAGAAAGAAUACUUGGAUGGUGUUGCCCAUUUGACAGCUUUUAUUGAUGGAAGCAAUAGGAAACUUUCAGUCGCUGUAGAAGUAUCCUUCCUUGAUGUCAAAAUGUUCAUACAAGAUUUGGAAAAUAUUAAGCAGAAAUUGCCUGCAAUGGAAUCUCAGUACAAAAUGAUUGCAAGAACAGCACAACUUGUUACAAAAGAAGUUUCCCAAGAGGAGGUGAAUGAAAUGCUUGGAACUCUGACAAGAAUCAAAGAGCAGCUGAGCAAGGUUAAGGAGUAUUCCUGUGCUUUGCUGUAUGAAUGCCAGCGUCUGCUGUCUCCACUGGAAGAACUGGAGAAACAGAUCACACACUUUUAUGAAUCUCUUGAAAAAGUUAAUGAGAUAAUUUCUAUCCUGGAUCCUGAAGCACAACCUACAACUGUUCUUAAACAAAAAGCCCAAGAUCUGGUAGCUUACCAAGAAAACUGCAAGAAAGAUUUGUCCUUGAUUGAGAGAAAUAGUCAGAGUAUCCUGCAGUGUGUGGCUUCGAGUGAAGUGUUACAGCAUUUCCAUCAGUCAACAUUUCAGAAGAAAGUUACACAAGUUCAGAUUACUUUUCAGAAUAUGGUCAGGAAAGCUGGUGACUGGAGAAAAAACAUAGAAGCAAAUAGCCGUUUGAUGAAGAAAUUUGAGGAGUCUAGAGCAGAACUGGAGAAAGUAAUACAGAUUGCCAAUUGUUGCUUAAAAGAAAAAGGAAAUCCUGAAGAACUUCUCAGGAAACAUAGCGAAUUCUUUAACCAGUUGGAUCAGAGAGUCCUAAAUGCCUUUCUGAAAGCAUGCGAUGAACUUACUGACAUCCUCCCAGAACAAGAACAACACAACCUGCAGGAUGCUGUAAGAAAACUCCACAGGCAGUGGAAGGAUCUUCAAACAGAGGCCCCAUAUCAUUUGAUCCACUUGAAGGUUGAAGUACAGAAGAGCAAGUUCCUGGUCACAGUGGAGGAGUGCAAAGCUGAACUUGUUCGACAGAACAAGGUCUUAUCAAGAGAAGGCAAUGAAAAGAUGAUCGAGGAACACAUGUUGUUCUUCGGUGACAAGGGAUCUUACCAUCUCUGUGAAAAAAGGCUACAACGGAUUGAAGAACUGUGCCAAAAACUACCAGUUUCUGAUCCAGUGAGGGCUACAUUGGAAAGCAGCCAACGAAUCCUGAAGGACCUCAAAUCCCAGAUAGACAGCACAUACGUAAAGUUAACAGAGCGCUCAGACACCUGGAAGAGCUACAAAAACAGAUUUUCUGAAUUGGCAAAUUGGAUUUUGUCAACAGAAGGAGAGCUAAAGAAGAUAAAGGAAAGUGUUAAUGAUACUGCCAAAUACAAGCAAUUUAAAGCAUCUGUGGGGGAAAUUAGGAAGCAUAUUAACAAGCAAGGAGAAAAUCACAGCUGGCUGAAAGCUAGGCUUCCUGUUUUGACUGCAGCGUGUCCUGAUUUGGAGGCCAAAAGGACAGAGGAUGAGCUUUGUAACCUUUCCAGUGAAUUCAAGGGACUCCUAGAUUUACUGGCUGAGGUUGAAAAGAAUUUAGGCACUGUUGGAGACUGUGUCCAGUACAAGGAAGAAGUUAAAAGUGCAAUUGAAGAGUUAAUCAACAACUCUAAAGAAGCCCAAGCAGAGGCUGAAAAGAUCCUGAACACAGAAAGUUUGUUACAAGCUCAGCAACUACUACUUCAUCAUCAGCAAAGGACAAGGAGACUCCGUGCAAAGAGGCAAGGUGUGCAACAGCAGAUUUCCCAAGCUAAACAGUUACAGGUUGAAGGUGGACUACCCAGAAUAAUGCAAGAAGAUUUACUAAAGUUGGAAGGAACAUUGGAAAACAUGCAGCAGACUAUGGAGAAACGUGAAGAGCAACUGCAGGUCACAAUAAAUAAAUGGGAGCAGUUUGAAAGGGACAAAGAAACAGUAGUAAAAUACCUCAAGCAAGCAAGCUCUGCACUUGAACGUAUCUUAAACUUUAGCAGUUUAGAGAGCCUCUCUUCAGAACUGGAUCAGACAAAGGAACUUUCUAAACAGACUGAAGCAAUGGCAGUGCAGGCUGAGAAUUUGGUGAAGAAUUCUUCUGAGAUACAGCUUGGUUCAAAGAACAAGCAGUCCCUUCAGCAGCAGGCAAAAUCAAUCCAAGAACAAGUGAAAAAAGUGGAAGUUACUCUUGAAGAAGAUAUUAAAAGCAUGGAAAUGGUGAAAAACAAGUGGGAUCAUUUUGGCAAUAAUUUUGAAGCUCUGUCCAUCUGGAUAGCUGAACAAGAAAAAGAACUGGAAACUUUGGAAACAUCAUCAUCUCCUUUGGACAUACAGAUCAGCCAAAUCAAGGUUAUUAAUAAAGAAAUAGAUGGUAAAAUAACUGCAAUCUCCAAACUAGAAGAGGAAGCUGAGUCUUUUUCCCAGUUUGUUACCUCUGGAGAAUGUGCACAUAUUAAAGCCAAACUGACUCAGGUCAAAAGGUAUUGGGAAGAGCUAAGAGAUCAUGCGCAGAGACUGGAAGGAACAAUCACAGGGAAUGCAUCAGCACAGCAGAAAUAUGAAGAAAGCCUUAAACAGGUGCAGCAGGCAGUGUCUGAAUUUGAAGCUAAGCUAGCUGAGCCUCCCACACCUUGCUCUUCAUCCUCUGCAACAUACGCAGCCCUUCAAGAUUGCACGGACCUUUGUCAUACUCUAGAAAAGCUGAACAACACUCUGGCCUCUCUCUCAGCCUGUGCCCGAAAGGUGGCCAAGAAAGAAAAAGCUGCUCAGGAGGUUACUGCAUUACAGCAGAAAUACGAAAAGGUGCUAGCAAAUGCUAAAGAGAAACAGACCUUAUUAGAGACUCUUCUGGCUCAGUGGCAGAAGCAGGAGAAGGAGCUGUCCGCCUUUCUGACCUGGUUGGAUGGGUGUGAAGCUACAGCCAGGCCUCCAGAGCAGUAUGUUUCUGCUGACAGAGUUAAACUGGAAGGUGAACUGCAGUCACUGCAGAAUUUGCGAGCAGACAUUGAGUCCCAUGCUUCCAUCUAUGCAAGCCUAAUACAGUUAAAUGAGUCACUGUUCCCAACAGCUUCCAAACAGCAUGUGAAAACAAUAACAGAAAAAUUUGAAGAGCUGGAUGAGAGGUGGAAAGCUUUACCAAAAACUGUUGAUAAAAGGAUCAACUUUCUUCAGUCUCUUGUUGCUGAGCAUGAGCAGUUUGAUGAGCUCCUGCUCAGGUUUUCAGACUGGAUUAAGCAGUUUCUUGCUGAACUACAAGCCACUUCAGAGAUAAACACAGCUGAUCAACAACUAGCUGCAUCUCACAAUAAGAAUCACUCAAGGGAAGUCGAAAGUAAGAAACAGCAGUUACAAAGUCUGAAGGAACAUGUAGAUAAAUUGUGUUCUUUCAGCUGCCCAGAGGACCAGCAGACAUUGCAGGGAAAGACUGAAGAUUGCUUUCAAAUAUUCCAGGAGGCAAGUCAAAUAACUAGCCAAAGACAAGAGGCUCUGGAUCACCUACGGGUAUUCCUAGAGCACCAUAGUGUUGCAUCAGGAGUGCUCCACCAGCUGAGACAGGCAGUGGAGAAAACAGGAAAUAUGGAUAAAGCUAAAUCUGAAUUACUGGAGAAGGAACUCAGUAAUGUUAUUCAAGAUCUUAACAAGCUGGAAUCUGUUGCAAUCAGUUUGGAUGGUUCCCUUACUAAGGCCCAGUAUCAUUUAAAACACAGCAUUUCUGAGCAGAGGACCUCCUGCAGGGCUCUGGUGGAUAAUCUGUGCUUGGAACUGGAGGCAGUUCAAAACCUGCUGGGAACCAAACAGAGUGAAGCAGAAGCUCUGGGAGCCUUGCAAAGAUCUUUCAUGGAACGUAAAGAACAGUUACUGAAAAGUAUUGAAGAUAUUGAAGAAAAGGCUGACAAGGAGGCCCUGAAGGAGGCAACACUACAAGCCCUUCAGCAAAGAUUGAGGAUCUUUACCCAGUUAGAUGAAGAACUGAAUUCUCACCAGCAUGAACUCCAGUGGCUCAGGGACAGAGGAAAACAAAUAGCCCAAAAAGAUUUCACACUUGCUCCUGAGAUUGACAAAGAGAUAAAUUGCUUAGAAUCUCUGUGGGAGGAUACCAAGAAAGUUAUACAUGAAAAAAAGGAGCAAUCCUGCAUUCUUAUUGAUCUGAUGAAGGAAUAUCAGACCUUGAAGUCAACAGUAAUGAAAGUCAUAGACGGUGCUGACAGUGCUUCUGUGAUCAAAUCCAUUUGGAAGGAUCGUGAAGAUGUCAGGCGAAUUUUAUCAAGGCAUGAAGCUGCCAAGAAUGAUCUGAGUGAUAAACAAAAAGACCUGGAUACUUUCACCAAUAAAGGAAAACAUUUGUUAACAGAAUUAAAAAGAGUGCAUAACUGUGACUCCACUGCGGUAAAAACAGAUAUGAACUCUACUGUGGACAAAUGGCUAGAUGUGUCUGAAAGAAUUGAAAACAACAUUGACCAGCUAAGUGUGAAUGUGGCUCUGUGGGAUGACAUCCUGAAAACUGGAGAUGAAAUGGAUGGAUGGUGCAAUAAAUGCAUUUCUCAACUGAAUGAAGGCAUCAGCAACUUGAGUAACAGUCAGAGAAUGGAGGUCCUCCUGAAAGACUUCCAGUCUGAAGUCAAGGAUAAAGAACUGAAGUUGGAUCAGCUUAGUUCCAAAAUUUCAGAUCUCAAAGAACUGACCCAUAGUCAAGAUCCUCCUGCAGAUCUCCAGUUUAUAGAAUCAGAUUUGAGGCAGAAGUUGGAACAUGCCAAAGAAAUGUCAGAGACAGCAAAGGAGACACUGAAAGAUUUCUGUACUCAGAAAAUGCAGUUACAGAAGUUUAUUGAUCAGAUGACAGACUGGUUAACAAAAGUGGAAGAAACACUGUUAAGCUGUGCACGUAACCUGAAUCCUGAAGCUCUAAAUAAAGUGAAGGAAACACAAAAAGACCUUCAGCUUCAGCAGAGCAGCAUUGACUCGACCCGUGAGAACCUCAACAGCCUGUGUCGCAAAUACCAUUCUGUAGAACUGGAAACUCUUGGUGGCACUGUCACUUCAUUAAUAAAAAAUUAUGAAGCUGUGAAUCUGCUCUGUUCCAGAACACAGGCCAGCAUGCAAGAGUCCUUGGAAAAACAUUUCCUUCAUUCUAUGCAAGAAUUCCAGGAAUGGUUUUCUGGUGUGAAGGCUGCAGUAAAAGAAUCAUCUGACAGGUCUGGAGACAGCAGCGUCAUAGAGGCAAAGCUACACGACUUGCAGACUGUGAUGGAUUCUGUUAGCGAGGGACAGAACAAGUUAGAUGCUGCCUGCAAGGAAGGUGAAAGUUUGUAUGCUUGCUUACCAAAACCAGUUGUGAGCCAUAUUCAGGACCAAAUAGUGAGGUCUAACCAGAACUUCCAGGAAUUCCUCAACCAGUGUCUGAAUGAUAAGAAGGCUCUGGAAGCUUGUGCCUCACACCUGGGAAACUUUGAAGAUCAGCAGAAGAAACUUGGCCUGUGGAUACGUGACAUGGAAGAAAGAAUAACCACAGAAGCAUUAGGAGAGAGCAAACAGCUUAUUCCUGAGAAGAAAAAAGAGGUGCAGAAAGUGGAAAAGUUCCUGGAAGAGUUACUAAGUUCAAGGGAAUCUUUUGAUAAACUGUCCCAGAUGGCACAGACUUUAAAUGAGGAAGGCCAUGGUGCAGGGAGGGAAGUACGCCUGGCUUCUCAACAUCUCACCAAUUAUCAAAACAUGGUCAAAACUAUCAAGGAGAAGCUGCGAACAUGUCAGCUUGCACUCCAAGAGCAUCUCACUUUGGAAGAGGCAUUACAGAGUAUGUGGUCAUGGGUGAAAGAGGUUCAAGAUAAACUGGCAUCAUCAGAGAGCACUGUUGGUAGCAAAGCCACACUAGAGAGACGACUGACACAAAUUCAGGAGAUCCUCUUACUCAAAGGAGAUGGUGAAGUUAAGCUGAACAUGGCCAUUGGCAAAGGAGAACAAGCACUUAGAAGCACCAAUGAGGAAGGACAAAAGGUGAUACAAACUGAGCUUCAGACGCUGAAGGAUGUAUGGAAUGACAUCAUCAGCACCUCCAUGAACUGGCAGAGCUGCCUAGAGUCUGUCAUUGGCCAGUGGAAUGAAUAUCUGGAAAGGAAAAAUCAGCUGGAACAGUGGUUAGAGAAAUUGGAUCACAAAGUGGAACAGCCUGUAGAACCACAGAUUGGUCUGAAGGAGAAGUUUGCUCAGCUGGACCACUUCCAGGCUGUUGUUUCAGAGAUAGAGGAUCACUCUGGUGAUUUACAGCAACUCAUUGAAAAAGCUGUGGAACUGUAUGAAAAAACAGAGGAUGAUUCUUUUGGAGAAGCUGCUCAAGAAGAACUAAAAACACAGUUUAAUGACAUCACAACUGUAGCCAAGGAGAAAAUGAGGAAAGUGGAAGAUAUUGUGAAGGAUCAUUUGCUAUACCUUGAUGCUGUGCAUGAAUUCACAGACUGGCUCCAUUCUGCAAAGGAAGAGCUGCACCGCUGGUCAGAUUCAUCUGGAGAUACAUCGACCAUACAGAAAAAGCUGGACAAAAUCAAUGGGGAGCUGCUGGCCGCCUGGUCGCAGGGCCUGGCCCCCCGCGACAGCCGGCACACCGACAGCGAGGUCCUGGAGAGCUGGCGCAAGGAGAAAGAAACAUUGGAUGCUCUGCUAAAGUCUGAACAUAUGACAGAAGAGAUCAAAACUCAGUUAAAUGAUCUCUGUAGAUUUUCCAGAGAUUUGAGUACUCAUUCUUCAAAAGUUUCAGGGUUGAUUAAGGAGUAUAACAGUCUCUGCCUGCAAGCUUCAAAAGGAUGUCAGAGCAAAGAGCAGAUCUUGCAGCAAAGAUUUCGGACGGCUUUCAGGGACUUCCAGCAGUGGCUGGUCAAUGCAAAAGUCACCACAGCCAAAUGCUUUGAUGUGCCUCAGAAUAUCAGUGAAGCUACAGCAAGUCUGCAGAAAAUACAGGAAUUCUUAUCAGAAAGUGAGACUGGGCAACAAAAAUUAAACCUGUUAGCAUCCAAAGGAGAAUUGCUGUGCUCUGUUUUACCAAAUGAAAAGGCAAAAGUUAUCCAGGACAAAUCUGCUACUGCCAAAGAAGAUUGGAAAAAUUUUAUCACCACCCUCCACCAGAAGGAAUCUGCAUUGGAGAACUUAAAGAUCCAGAUGAAGGACUUUGAAGCAACUGCUGAGCCUCUACAGGAGUGGUUGACCACAACUGAGAAGAUGGUACAAGGAAGUAGCAGUCGGCUCCAUGAUCUUCCUUCCAAGAGGAGAGAACAGCAAAAGUUGCAGUCUGUCCUUGAGGAAAUAAGCUGCCACGAGCAUCAGCUCAACAGGCUGAAAGAGAAAGCUCAGCAGCUGGGGGAAGAGCAAGCUGACAGCAAAAGCUUUAUGCGCAGAGUGUCUCAGUUGUCUUCUCAAUAUCUUACUCUAAGCAAUCUGACAAAGGAGAAAGUUUCCAGAAUGGAUAGGGUUGUAGCAGAGCACCAGCAGUUCUCACACAGUGUCAAGGACCUCCAGGACUGGGUGGCUGAUGCAGUUCACAUGCUGGAUUCCUACUGUCAUCCCACUGCAGACAAGAGUGUUCUGGACAGCCGGAUGUUAAAACUAGAGGGACUGCUAGCAGUGAAACAAGAAAAAGAAAUCCAAAUGAAAAUGGUUCUGUCCAGAGGAGAGUCUGUUUUGCAAAAUACAUCUCUGGAGGGAGUACCAGUGAUUGAAAGGCAGUUGCAAACCCUGAAGGACAGCUGGGCUUCUCUUCUGUCUGCUUGUAUCCAGUGCAAGAGUCAACUGGAAGGAGCUCUCUCCAAAUGGACAAGUUACCAGGAUGAUGUUCGUCAGUUUUCCAGCUGGAUGGAUAAAGUAGAAGCCAGUAUGAAUGCUUCUGAAAGGCAAUAUGCUGAACUGAGGGAAAAAACAGCUGCCCUCAGCAAAGCAAAGCUACUCAGUGAAGAGGUGUUGAGUCACAGCAGCCUAUUGGAGACAAUUGAAGUGAAAGGAAGUGGGAUGGCUGAGCAUUAUGUCACUCAGCUUGAACUCCAGGACCUUCAGGAGCGGUAUAGGUUCCUCAAAGACAGAACAAAGGAGGCAGUAACAAAAGCUGAAGAACUGCUUAACUUACAUCAAGAGUACCAAAGAAAUCUGAAGGCCUUUGAAGUAUGGCUGGAGAAGGAACAGGAAAAACUUGACUGUUUAUCACAUCUUGAUGGUGAUGCCCAGAAACAGGAGGCAAUGCUCCGAGACUUACAGGAGCUACAGGUCCACUGUGUGGAAGGACAAGCAUUAUUGAAUGCUGCUGUCCAUGCCAGAGAGGAGGUGAUUCCCUGGGGCAUUCCACAGAUAGAAGACAGAGCCCUGGAAUCCUUACGGCAGGAUUGGCAAGUUUAUCAGCACAGGCUUUCUGAGGCAAGAAGCCAAUUAAACGCCACUGUGAGCAGACUGAGAUUAAUGGAGAAAAAAUUUCAGAAGGUUAAUGACUGGCUAACAGACCUGGAGGAGAAAGUUGCUAUCAGAACUGGGAGGCAGUCUGGUAGAGCAACAAAGGAGAUGCAACUUCAACAAAUGAAGAAGUGGCAUGAAGAAAUCACAAUCUACAAAGAUGAUGUGGAGGAAGUUGGGGUAUUGGCUCAGCAAAUACUAGAGGAAUGUCUCACUGCAAGUAGAAUGGGAAGCCAGGCUACACAACUAACUUCUCGCUACCAAACUCUUCUUCUUCAUGUCUUGGAGCAAAUAAAGUUUCUGGAAGAAGAAAUACGCUGUAUGGAUGAGUCAGAACUGGCUUUUAGUGCCUACACAAAUUGGUAUGGAGCUACUAACAAGAACUUCAGAAACGUGAUCACCAAGUUUGAUGUGGUUGAUAAAACAGCAAUGGAGAAAAAAGUGCAGAAACUAGAGCUGUUAUUGAGCGAUAUGGACAUAGGCCACAGUUUACUGAAAUCUGCCCGUGAGAAGGGGGAGCGUGCUAUAAAGUACAUGGAAGAAAAUGAAGUUGACCAGUUAAGAAAAGAAAUUGGAGAUCACGUGGAACAGCUUGAAGAGCUGGCUGGUUCCAUCAGGAAAGAGCACAUGACUUCAGAGAAAUGCCUUCAGCUGGCAAAGGAGUUCUCAGACAAAUACAAGGCACAGACUCAGUGGGUCAUGGAGUACCAAGCCAUGUUACAUGCUCCAGCGGAACCAAAGAGUGAGCUCUAUGAGAAGAAGGCCCAGUUGUCCAAAUACAAGUCUAUACAGCAGACUGUUCUGUCCCAUGAGCCUUCAAUAAAAUCAGUAAUUGAAAAGGGAGAAGCACUUUUUGAUCUGGUGAAUGAUAUGAAUCUAAAGAACAACAUUCAAGACCUUCAGAGCACUUACCAGGAACUCUGCAGCACCACAAAGGCAUACGUUGAAACCUUAGAAGUGAGAGUAAAAGAGCAUGAGGAUUACAAUAGUGAUUUGCAAGAAGGGGAGAAAUGGUUACUACAUAUGUCUAGCAGGCUGGUAAGCCCUGACCUCAUGGAGAGUAACAGUCUUGAAAUAAUCACUCAGCAACUAGCUAACCACAAGGCUAUUAUGGAAGAAAUUGCAGGAUUUGAAGAUCGUUUGAACAGCCUUAAGAGUAAAGGCGAUUACUUGAUCAAUCAAUGCACAGAACAUCUUCAAGCAAAAUUUAAGCAAAACAUACAAAGCCAUCUCCAGGGGACAAAGGACAGCUAUUCUGCCAUAUGUAGCACAGCCCAAAGAGUGUACCAGAGUUUGGAACACGAACUCCAGAAGCAUGUUAAUCAUCAAGAUACCCUACAACAAUGUCAGACUUGGCUGUCUACAGUGCAGUCAGAGCUAAAGCCAACUACCUGGCCACCUUUCAGCCUGGCAGAUGCAGUUAAACAGGUAAAACACUUCCGGGCUCUGCAGGAGCAGGCCAAUACAUACUUGGAUCUUCUGUGCUCCAUGUGUGAUCUGUCAGAUGCCACAGUGAAGAGUACAGCAACAGAUGUUCAACAAACAAAACAAACGAUUGAGCAGCAGAUAAUGCACUCACAGUAUUUGGCUCAAGGUUGGGAAGAGAUCAAACAAAUGAAGGCUGAGCUCUGGAUAUAUUUCCAGGAUGCAGAUCAACAGCUACAGAAUUUGAAAAGGAGACGGGCAGAGUUGGAGCUAAACAUUGCCCAGAAUAUGGUACUCCAGGUUAAGGAAUUCAGUCAGAAGUUGCAGUCUAAGCAGUCAGCUCUUACAUCUGUGACUGAGAAGAUGAACAAACUAACCCAAGGACAGGAAUCACCUGAACACAAGGAAAUAGGAGAACUCAGCAACCAAUGGCUGGAUCUCUGCCUUCAGGCACACAGUUUGCUCAUACAGAGGGAGGAGGAUCUGCAGAGGACAGGGGAUUACCAUGAUCGCAUGAAUGUAGUUGAAGUUUUCUUGGAAAAGCUCACAAAAGAGUGGGACAACCUGGCUAGAUCUGAUGCUGAAAGUACAAAUGUGCACCUUGAAGCUUUGCAAAAAUUGGCACUGGCACUAGAGGAAAGAAGAUUUGCUCUGGAAGAUAUGAAAGAUCAGAAACAGAAGAUGAUAGAACAUCUGAAUCUUGAUGACAAAGAAUUAAUAAAGGAGCAAUAUGGUCACUUCGAGCAACGCUGGACUCAGUUGGAGGACCUUGUCAAAAGGAAAAUUCAAGUUUCUGUUUCAACCUUAGAAGAGCUCAGUUUGGUGCAUUCCAAAUUUCAGGAACUAAUGGAAUGGGCAGAGGAGCAGCAACCUAGUAUCUCAGAGGCUCUUAAACAGAGCCCUCCUCCAGAUUUGGCUCAGAGUCUUCUCAUGGAUCAUCUUACCAUUUGCAGUGAGCUUGAAGCCAAACAGCUUGUUCUGAAGGUGCUUGUGAAGGAUGCUGACAGGGUGAUGACCAACCUAGGGCUCAAUGAAAGGCAGGAGCUGCAAAAAGCACUUUCUGAUGCACAGCACCAUGUAGAAUGUCUCAGCGAUCUGGUUGGCCAGAGGAGAAAGCACCUCAAUAAAGCACUGUCUGAAAAGACCCAGUUUCUCAUGGCAGUCUUUCAGGCUACAAACCAAAUUCACCAGCAUGAGAAGAAGGUAACGCUUCCAGAACACAUUUGUCUGUUGCCAGAAGAUGUGACCAAACAGAUCAGGACUUGUAAGAAUGCCCAGGCUAACCUGAAAGCCUAUCAAAAUGAAAUCACAGGGUUGUGGGCUCAAGGAAGGGAUUUAAUGAAAGAAGCAACAGAACAAGAAAAGAGUGAAGUGUUAGGUAAACUGCAAGAACUACAGAAUGUGUAUGACUCCGUUUUACAAAAGUGUAAUCAGAGAUUGUUAGAGCUGGAGAAAAAUAUGGUUUCUAGGAAAUAUUUCAAAGAAGACUUAGAUAAAGCUUGCCAUUGGCUAAAACAAGCUGAUAUUGUCACAUUCCCAGAAGUCAAUGUAAUGAAUUCUAACUCUGAACUAUACAACCAGUUGGCAAAAUAUCAACAGAUUCUUGAGCAAUCUCCAGAAUAUGAAAAUCUGUUACUUGCACUGCAAAGAGAUGGCCAAGAAAUCCUACCAUCACUUAAUGAAGUAGAUCAUUCUUAUCUGGAUGAAAAGCUUAACAUUCUCCCUCAGCAAUUCAGUAUUGUCACUGCUCUGGCAAAAGAAAAAUUAUAUAAGAUUCAGGAAGCAAUUUAUGCCAGAAAAGAGUAUGCCUCUUUGAUUGAAUUGACAAUUAAAGCUCUGAAUGAGCUAGAAGAUCAGUCUAUUAACAUGGACAAAGCUCCAGCUACUGUUUCAGCCAAAGAAGCUGUGUCACUCCAGCAGGCCUACAGAGAUCUCUUAGGUGAAGUGGUGAGCCUUGGUGCAGCAGUGGAUGAACUAAACCAGAAGAAGGAGGCCUUUCGAAGCACUGGCCAGCCAUGGGAGCCAGAUGAGAUGUUAAAACUUGUCACGCUGUAUCACAAGUUGAAGAGGCAAAUAGAACAGAAAAUAAAUCUGUUGGAAGACAUGAUAGAAGCAUGCCAGGAGCAUGAGAAUAUGUGUAUGCAGUUUGAGGCACAACUAGAGGCAGUGAAGAAGGAGCAGAUUAAGGUAAAUGAAGAAACGCUCCCAAUAGAAGAAAAGUUGAAAAUCUAUCAUUCUUUGGUGGGCAGCUUGCAAGACUCAGGAAGUCUUCUCAAGCGAAUAACCGAACAUCUAGAAGCCCUUUCUCCUCAGCUUGACUCAUCUGCAUGUGAGACAACAGAUCACCAAGUUCAGUCUUGGCAAGAAAAACUGAAGUCUUUGCAUGCUGCCAUUAGUGACACUGUGAUGGACUGUGAGAACAGACUUGUGCAAAGCAUAGACUUCCAAACAGAAAUCUGCCGCUCCCUUGACUGGUUGAGAUGGGUGAAAACAGAACUUAAUGGAACAUUAAGUUUGGACCUCAAACUUCAAAGCAUCCAAGAAGAAAUCCGAAAGGUUCAGAUACAUCAGGAAGAAGUGCAGUCAAGCCUGAGAAUAAUGAAUGCACUGAGCAAUAAAGAGAAAGAGAGAUACAUGAAAGCAAAGGAACUGAUACCUGCUGACUUGGAAAACACUCUUGCUGAGCUGACAGAACUAGACGGUGAAGUUCAAGAAGCUAUACACACGAGACAGGCUACCUUGAAUAAAUUAUAUAGCCUCUGCCAAAGAUACUACCAAGUGAUGCAGAUAGCAAAUGACUGGCAUGAAGAUGCUCAGGAAUUUCUACGUUUAGCAAGAAAUGGUCUUGAUGUUGAGAACUCUGAGGAAAACCUAAGGAACCACAUUGAAUUUUUCAGUACAGAAAGUCAGUUCGGUAAUCAUUUAAAGGAGUUACAGGGCCUUGUGUCAGAGAUGGAGCCCUUUAUCCAAGACACAGCCAGAGAGCAGCUAUUGCAGAAUGUAGCUGCAUUGGAGGAAAAGGCCAAAGAGACAAAGCAAGAAGCCAAAGCCCAGCAAGAGCAGUUGCAAAGGUGUGCUUCUGAGUGGCAGGAGUACCAGACAGCAAGACAGAAGGUUAUUGAAGUGAUGAAUGAGGCUGAGAAAAAGUUAUCUGAUUUCUCAGUAGCUAAAGCUGCUUCUUCUCAUGCAGCAGAAGAGAAAUUGCAAACACAUAAGACUCUUGUGUCUGUAGUGAAUUCUUUCCAUGAGAAGAUCACAGCUCUGGAAGAAAAGGCUUUACAGCUGGAGAAAGUCAGUAAUGAUGCCAGUAAGGCAACUAUAAGUAGAUCCAUGACAACAGUUUGGCAGCGCUGGACACGGCUUCGCAAUGUAGCCCAAGAACAAGAGAAAAUUUUGGAAGAUGCAGGGCAGGAAUGGAAAGACUUUAAUGAUAAGAUUCAGAAAGCCACCAUAGCAAUAGAUCAACUACAAGGUCGCUUACCAGAAAGCUCUGUAGAAAAAGCAUCCAAGGCAGAGCUCCUGGAACUCCUGGAUUACCACAGCACUUUCCUUCUGGAGGUGGAGCAUCAGCUGUCGUCUUUGGGCCUGCUCAAACAGCAUGUUGUCAGCAUGCUUCAGGAUGUGGAAAUAAAGCCUCUGUCUCAGGAGGAACUACCAGUCAUGCAAGAAAUCAAAGCAAUGCAAGAUCGAUGUCACAAUAUGCAACAGAAAGUGAAAAAAGGUGUGAAGAUGGUGAAACAGGAGCUGAAGGAGCGUGAGGAGGUUGAAGGAGAGAUUAAUAUUGUGAAGUCCUGGAUCCAGGAAACAAAAGAAUAUUUAUUAAGCCCUGAUAUAGAAGUGGAUACUCAACUUCAGGAGUUGCAGUCUCUCCUUGGUGAAGUAACUACUCAUCGCCAGGCUGUUGAAAAAAUGGCUGAACAACAACAGAAUAAGUACUUGGGGCUUUAUACCAUUUUGCCUUCUGAACUCUCUCUUCAUCUAGCAGAAGUUGGGCUGGCCCUUGUAACUAUACAGGAUCAGAUUCAAACCAAAGAAAGAGAAACUCAGCAGAUCAAAACACUGAAUCAAGAGUUUGGUCAGAAAAUCCAGGGGAUAGCAAAUGAACUAAAUGCCAUUCUUUCCAAACUGAAAAAGAAAACAAAUGAUAUAGCACAAGCUAAACUUGAACAAAAGAUCCUUGGUGAAGAGUUGGACAGCUGCAAUAUAAAGCUGUUGGAAUUAGAUGCAUCAGUCCAGGACUUUGCAGAGCAGAAUGUGCCGCUGGCUAAGCAGCUGGCUAACAGGAUAGGGAAACUCACUGUACUGCACCAACAGACCGUACGGCAAGCUGAGUACAGAGCAGCCAAGCUCAGUCAGGCUGCUUCACAUUUGGAAGAAUACAAUGAGAUGCUGGAGUUCAUACUGAAAUGGACUGAGAAAGCAAAUAUCCUAGUGCAUGGUAGUAUAAUAUGGAAUUCUUCCUCUCAGCUUCGUGAUCAGUUUAAAGCCUACCAGACUAUGCUUGAUGAGUCUGGAGAGAUUCAUGGUGAUCUUGAGGCCAUGAGUGAGAGGAUUGAGUAUCUGGCAAGUGUUUACUGUACUGAAGGAAUGUCACAGCAAGUGCUGGAACUGGGACGACGGACAGAGGAAUUACAGCAAGUUAUCAAAGUGCGACUACCAAAUCUCCAAGAUGCUGCCAAGGACAUGAAGAAAUUUGAAGUUGAGUUGAGAGUCCUGCAGGCUGCUCUGGAGCAAGCCCAAGCUACACUGACCUCUCCAGAGCUCGGGCACUUGAGCUUGAAAGAGCAGCUUUCUCACAGACAGCAUCUGUUGUCUGAAAUGGAGUCACUGAAGCCAAAAGUUCAGGCAGUACAAAUCUGUCAGAGUGCCCUGAGGAUUCCUGAAGAGGUAGUCACCGGCCUGCCCAUGUGCCACAGUGCCCUCCGGCUCCAGGAGGAGGCCAGCCGCCUGCAGCACACUGCCAUUCAGCAGUGCAACAUCAUGCAGGAAGCAGUGGUUCAGUACGAGCAAUAUGAGCAAGAAAUGAAACAUUUACACCAAAUGAUAGAGAGUGCCCAUCGUGAGAUUCAAGACAAGCCAAUAGCAACCAGCAACAUCCAGGAACUUCAGGUCCAGAUUUCACAUAAUGAGGAGCUGGCUCAGAAGAUCAAAGGAUACCAGGAGCAAAUUGCUUCUUUAAAUUCCAAGUGCAAGAUGCUGACAAUGAAAGCAAAACAUGCUACCAUGCUGCUGACAGUGACAGAAGUGGAGGGGCUUUCAGAAGGAAUGGAAGAGCUGGAUUCAGACCUGCUCCCAGCACACCCCACUCAUCCUUCUGUGGUUAUGAUGACUGCUGGUCGCUGUCACACGCUGCUCUCCCCUGUCACUGAGGAGUCUGGGGAGGAGGGAACCAACAGUGAGAUUUCUUCUCCACCUGCCUGUCGCUCUCCCUCACCUGUGGCUAAUACAGAUGCUUCUGUUAACCAGGACAUUGCUUAUUACCAAGCCUUAUCUGCUGAACAGUUGCAGACAGAAGCUGCUAAAAUUCAACCCAGCACUUCAGCCACCCAGGAAUUUUAUGAACCAGGCUUAGAAUCAGCUGCUAGUGCCAAAUUGGAUGAUUUGCAGCGUUCUUGGGAAACACUGAAAAAUGUGAUCAGUGAAAAACAGCGCACCCUCUAUGAAGCUCUUGAGCGUCAACAGAAAUAUCAGGACACGCUCCAGUCUAUAUCCACAAAAAUGGAGACAACUGAGAUCAAACUAAAUGAGAGUCUUGAACCAGCCAAAAGUCCAGAGAGCCAAAUGGCUGAACAUCAGGCUUUGAUGGAUGAGAUUUUAAUGUUACAAGAGGAAAUCACUGAGCUUCAGACAUCAUUAGCCCAAGAGCUGGUUUCAGAACCACUGGAUGCAGAAGCUGGUGAUCAACUGGCAUUGCAGUCCACUCUCACAGUCUUGGCAGAACGGAUGGCCACAAUUCGAAUGAAGGCAUCAGGAAAACGACAACUAUUAGAGGAGAAACUGAAUGAGCAACUGGAAGAACAGCGGCAAGAGCAGGCUCUUCAAAGGUACCGUUGUGAAGCUGAUGAGCUUGACCACUGGCUACUCAAUACCCGAGCAACACUGAACUCCGCUUUGGUUACUGCUGAGGAACCUAUGGACAUGGAAGCACAGCUGGUGGACUGUCAGAACAUGCUAGUUGAAAUAGAGCAGAAGGUGAUAGCCUUGUCAGAGUUGUCUGUGCACAAUGAGAACUUGCUUAUGGAGGGGAAGGCUCACACCAAGGACGAGGCAGAGCAGCUGGCUAUGAAGCUCAGGACACUGAAGAGCAGCCUUCUGGAGCUGCAGAGAGUGCUUCACGACAAACAGACCAACAUUCGGGGAUCAUUACAAGAAAAGGAGGAGAGUGAUCUGGACUUUGUUUCCUCACAAAGCCCCAGUGUCCAAGAAUGGCUGGCACAAGCAAGAACCACUCGCUCACAGCAACAGCAGAACACCCUGCAGCAACAGAAAGAGCUGGAACAAGAGCUAGAAGAGCAGAAGAAUCUGCUUCGGUCAGUAGCAUGUCGUGGAGAAGAAAUCCUAACGCAGCAGGGUGCUCCAGAAGGCCUAUGUAUAAGUGACAAGCCUGAUAUACUCUCUGAGGAAUUAGGCUUGGAAGGUGAGAAGCCAUCAUCUGAAGAACAGAUGAAGGUGAAAUGGGAAAGCCUGAACCGGGAAUUCAAUACCAAGCAGAGACUGCUCCAAAAGGCUUUGGAACAGGAACAGCUGCAGCUUUAUAGCAGACCAAACAGACUGAUAUCUGGAAUGCCUCUGUAUAAGGAGGAAGGACAGGAUGAAGAUAAAUCCUCAGUGUCACCAGUAUUGGAUGAAUUGAAUCAGGCCUUUGAAGAUGUGUCAUCUGAGGCUGGACGGGUGGAGGAGAGCCUGCAUCUUGAAGAGAAGCUGUAUGAUGGUGUAAUAGCAACCUCCCUGUGGCUAGAUGGUGUGGAAGAACAGGUCUUUGUUGCUACAUCUCUGUUGCCAGAGGAACAAAGAGAAACAUACCUCUGCAAGCAAGAGUCUCUUGCCAAAGAAAUCAAAGACAUAAUGGAAGAAAUGGAUAAGAACAAGAAUUUAUUUGCUAAGAUAUUUCCUGAGAAUGGUGGCAAUAGGGAUAUCAUAGAAGACACUUUGGAUUGUCUCCUGAGAAGACUGACCUUACUGGAGUCAGUAGUAAACCAGAGAUGCCAUCAGAUGAAAGGACAGCUCCAACAAAUAGUGACUUUCAAGAAUGAUCUGAAACUCCUGUUUACAUCGGUGGCUGAUAACAAAUAUUUAGUUCUACAGAAACUAGCAGAGGCAGUUGAGAGACCAGAAACAGAACAAAUGCAGGUCAUACUGCAGGCAGAAGAAAGUUUGAAGGAACUAGAUGCUGGAAUCAAUGAAUUAAAGAAGCGUGUAGACAAACUAGAAAUUGACCAGUCUUCUGUGCAAGAGCUGUCUAAGAUCCAGGAUAAGUAUGAUGAGCUGAUGAUGAUCAUUGGAUCCAGACGGAGUGACCUGAAUCAGAAUCUGGCUCUUAAGAGGCAGUAUGAACGGGCUUUGCAGGACCUGACUGACCUGGUAGAAACAGGCCAAGAAAAGAUGGCUGGUGACCAGAAAAUAAUUGUUGCUUCUAAGGAAGAGGUUCAAUUGCUACUUGACAAACAUAAGGAAUAUUUUCAGGGGUUAGAGUCUCACAUGAUCCUGACAGAAACACUCUUUAGAAAGAUGAGUAGCUUUGCCCUCUUGAAGAAAACUCAGUCACAUUCAGAGCUAAUGACACAAGCUUCAGCUGUAUUAAAGCUGGCUCAUAAACGAGGCGUAGAGCUGGAAUACAUUCUAGAGACCUGGAUGCAUCUGGAUGAAGAUUACCAGGAACUUACCAGACAGCUGGAGUCUGUUGAAGAUAACAUCCCCACUGUUGGUUUGGUGGAAGAGACAGAGGAGAGGCUUACAGAUCGGAUUACACUUUUUCAGCAUCUGAGAUCUAACCUGAAUGAAUACCAACCUAAAUUAUACCAAGUGCUAGAUGAUGGGAAAAGGCUCCUUUUUUCUAUUAGCUGCUCAGAUCUUGAAAGUCAACUGAACCAACUAGGAGAACAGUGGUUAAGUAACACCAGCAAGGUUACCAAGGAGCUCCACAGGCUUGAGACAAUACUGAAGCACUGGACAAGGUAUCAGAGUGAAUCAAAUGAAUUGGCACAUUGGUUACAAUCUGCAAAGGAGCGACUUGAGUUUUGGAGCCAGCAGUCUUUGACAGUUCCUCAGGAACUGGAAACAGUCCGAGACCAUCUGAACUCCUUUUUGGAGUUUUCAAAAGAAGUGGAUGCUAAAUCAUCACAGAAAUCUUCUGUCCUGAGUACUGGGAACCAGCUCCUCAGGCUGAAGAAGGUGGAUACAGCAGCAUUGCGUGCGGGAUUGUCCCACAUUGACAGUCAGUGGACAGAUCUCCUCACACAAAUCCCAGCAGUUCAAGAGAAACUGCACCAGCUCCAGAUGGACAAAAUUCCUUCUCGCCAUGCUAUCACUGAAGUUAUGAGCUGGAUUUCCCUCAUGGAAAAUGUCAUUCAGCAGGAUGAAGAGAAUAUAAAAAAUGUAGUAGGACAGAAAGUCAUUCAGGAUUAUGUCCAGAAGUACAAGGGUUUCAAGAUAGAUUUAAAUUGCAAACAAUUGACGGUAGACUUUGUGAACCAAUCAGUGCUACAGAUUAGCAGCCAGGAUGUUGAAAGUAAACGUAGCGACAAAACUGAUUUUGCAGAACAGCUCGGAGCAAUGAACAGACGUUGGCAGAUCCUGCAAGGCCUGAUAACAGAAAAGAUUCAGCUGUUGGAAAGUCUGCAGGAAUCCUGGACAGAAUAUGAAAAUAAUGUGCAGUGCCUAAAAACUUGGUUUGAAACCCAAGAGAAGAAGCUGAAACAGCAACAGAAAAUUGGAGACCAGGCUUCAGUACAGAAUGCUUUGAAAGACUGUCAGGAAUUAGAAGAAUUAAUAAGAACAAAGGAAAAAGAAGUAGAAAAUGUAGAACAGAGUGGUCUUUCUUUGGUACAAAACAAGAACGAAGAAGUCUCUUCUGCUGUUAUGAAUACACUGCAAGAAAUUAACCAUUCCUGGGCCAAUUUGGAUCACAUGGUUAGCCAACUGAAGAUAUUGUUGCAAUCUGUUCUUGAUCAGUGGAGCAUUUACAAAGAGGCUUAUGAAGAACUGAAUGGUUACCUAACAGAAGCCAGAUAUUCUUUGUCCCGUUUUUAUCUUCUUACUGGUUCUUUGGAAGCAGUGAAAAUCCAAGUUGAUAACCUUCAGAGCCUACAAGAUGAAUUGGAAAAGCAAGAAAAUAGCUUACAGAAAUUUGGUUCUGUGACCAAUCAGUUGUUGAAAGAAUGUCACCCCCCAGUGACUGAAACUCUUACCAACACUUUGAAAGAAGUGAAUAUGAGGUGGAACAACCUUCUGCAGGAGAUUGCAGAGCGGCUGCGUGCCAGUAAGGGCCUCCUUCAGCUGUGGCAGAGGUACAAGGACUGUUACCAGCAGUGCUCUUCCAUAGUCCGUCAGCGGGAAGACCAGACUAAUGAACUCUUGAAGACUGCCACCAGCAAAGACAUUGCUGAUGAUGAAGUUACUACUUGGAUUCAGGACUGUAAUGAUGUACUCACGGAUUUGAAGACAGCACAGGAUACACUGAUUGUGCUUCAAGAAUUGGGAGAGGAGCUAAAAAGCCAGGUGGAGCCUUCAGCAGCAGCAGCUAUACAGUCUGAUCAUCUUUCUCUGAGCCAGAAUCUGUCAACCCUAGAACAGGCUCUCCACAAGCAACAGGUUGUACUUCAGGCUGGAGUGCUGGACUACCAAACCUUUGCCAAGAACCUGCAAGUCCUUGAGGCCUGGAUAACAGAAGCAGAAGAAAUAUUGAAAGGACAGGAUCCCAGUCACUCAUCUGAUCUCUCAACAAUACAGAGUAGAAUGGAGGAACUUAAGAGUCAAAUGUUGAAGUUCAGCAGCAUGGCCCCGGAUUUGGACCGUCUUAAUGAGCUGGGUUACAGGCUUCCUCUGAAUGAUAAAGAAAUCAAAAGGAUGCAGAACCUGAACAGACAUUGGUCUCUGAUCUCAUCUCAGACUACAGAGAGAUUCAGUAAGCUGCAGUCUUUCAUGCUGCAGCACCAGACCUUCUUGGAGAAAUGUGAGACUUGGAUGGAUUUAUUAGUUCAGACUGAGCAGAAGCUGGCAGCAGAGAUUUCAGGAAACUACCAGAGCCUUCUAGAGCAACAGAGGGCACAUGAGCUAUUCCAGGCAGAGAUGUUCAGCCGCCAGCAGAUUUUACAUUCAAUUAUCUCUGAUGGGCAGCACCUCCUAGAACAAGGACAGGUGGAUGACAGGGAUGAAUUUAAUCUGAAGCUGACUCUUCUAAGCAAUCAAUGGCAAGGAGUAAUUCGCCGGGCACAGCAGAGGAGGGGGAUCAUUGACAGUCAGAUACAUCAGUGGCAACGCUAUAGGGAAAUGGCAGAGAAGCUGCGCAAGUGGCUGGUGGAAAUAUCCUGUCAGCUAGUGAGUGGGCUGGGCAAUGUUCCCAUCCCAUUGCAGCAAGCCAGAGCACUGCUGGAUGAAGUGCAGCUUAAAGAGAAAGUUCUCCUAAGACAGCAAGGGAGUUAUAUCCUCACUGUGGAAGCUGGGAAGCAACUAUUGCUCUCUGCUGACAGUGAAGCUGAGGCAGCCCUGCAGACAGAACUUACCGAAAUUCAGGAGCGCUGGAAGAUAGCUAGCACCCAACUGGAGCAACAAAAGAAACAGCUUGCUUUACUACUGAAAGACUGGGAAGAAUCUGAAAAGGGCAUCGGAGACUCCCUGGAGAAGCUAAGAUCAUUCAAAAAAAAGCUUUCUCAACCUUUGCCAGAACACCAUGAUGAAUUGCAUGCAGAGCAGAUUCGUUGCAAGGAGUUAGAGAAUGCUGUUGAAGGAUGGACAGAUGACCUUGCACACCUCUCUCUACUGAAGGAAACCCUGUCUAUAUAUAUCAGCGCAGAAGAUAUCUCAAUCCUUAGUGAGCGCAUAGAGCUUCUACACAGACAGUGGGAGGAGCUGUGCCACCAGGUCUCCUUACGUCGACAACAAGUUAGUGAAAGACUGAAUGAGUGGGCUGUCUUCAGUGAGAAGAACAAGGAGCUCUGUGAGUGGUUGACACAAAUGGAAAGUAAGGUUUCUCAAAAUGGUGACAUCCUCAUAGAAGAAAUGAUUGAGAAACUUAAAAAGGAUUAUCAAGAAGAAAUUGCUGUAGCCCAGAAGAACAAAAUCCAGCUCCAGCAAAUGGGAGAGCGACUUGCUAAAGCCAGCCAUGAGAGCAAGGCAUCAGAGAUUGAGUAUAAACUUGGCAAGAUCAAUGACAGGUGGCAACAUCUUCUAGAUCUUAUUGCAGCCAGGGUAAAGAAGUUGAAGGAGACCCUCGUUGCAGUGCAGCAGCUGGAUAAGAACAUGAGUAGCCUGAGAUCUUGGCUUGCCCACAUUGAGUCAGAGCUGUCCAAACCUAUCGUCUAUGAAACUUGUGACUCUGAGGAGAUACAAAGGAAGUUAAAUGACCAGCAGGAACUACAGAGGGACAUAGAGAAACACAGCACUGGAGUGGCAUCUGUUCUCAAUCUGUGUGAAGUACUUCUUCAUGACUGUGAUGCUUGUGCCACAGAAGCAGAGUGUGACUCUAUCCAGCAGGCUACACGCAAUUUGGACAGAAGGUGGAGGAACAUUUGUGCAAUGUCAAUGGAAAGACGACUUAAAAUUGAAGAGACGUGGCGGCUGUGGCAAAAGUUUUUGGAUGACUACUCUAGAUUCGAAGAGUGGCUAAAAGUCUCUGAGAGGACAGCUGCUUUCCCAAGCUCCUCUGGUGUACUUUACACAAUUGCUAAGGAAGAACUGAAGAAAUUUGAGGCCUUCCAGAGACAAGUGCAUGAAAGUCUGACUCAGCUGGAACUGAUCAAUAAACAGUAUCGCCGCCUGGCCCGAGAGAACCGCACUGACUCUGACUGCAGCCUCAAACAGAUGGUUCAUGAGGGGAAUCAGAGAUGGGACAACUUACAGAAGCGAGUUACCUCCAUCCUGCGCAGACUAAAACAUUUUAUUGGCCAGCGUGAGGAGUUUGAGACAGCACGUGAUAGCAUCUUGGUAUGGCUAACAGAAAUGGACCUGCAGCUGACCAACAUUGAGCAUUUCUCAGAGUGUGAUGUCCAAGCAAAGAUAAAGCAACUUAAGGCGUUCCAGCAAGAAAUUUCACUAAACAACAACAAAAUUGAGCAGAUAAUUGUGCAGGGUGAGCAACUCAUUGAGAAGAGUGAGCCCAUAGACGCAGCUGUCAUUGAAGAAGAACUAGAUGAGCUGCGUCGUUACUGUCAAGAGGUCUUUGGACGUGUGGAACGUUAUCACAAGAAACUCAUCCGUCUUCCUCUGACAGAUGACGAACAUGACCUCUCUGACAGAGAGGUGGAUCUGGAUGAAUCAGCAGAUCUCUCUGACAUACACUGGCAUGACAAAUCUGCGGACAGCAUUCUCUCCCCGCACCCCUCUUCCAACCUUUCGCUGCCUCUUUCCCAGCCGGUGAGAAGCGAGCGAUCAGGGCGAGAUACUCCUGCGAGUGUGGACUCCAUUCCCCUGGAGUGGGAUCAUGACUACGACCUUAGCAGGGACCUGGAGACAGCUGUUUCACAGGCACUGCACUCUGAGGAAGAAGAUGGAGGACAAGAGAAGGACUUCUACCUGAGAGGAGCAGCUGGUAUAGCAGAUGUAGAGAUCCCUGAAACUCUUGAGGCCUAUGUAACACUCACAGAAAACACACUCAAAAAUCUCUCUGGAGAACCUGGUGCCCUGGAAGCACAUAUCCGACAGCUGGACAAGGCAUUAGACACCAGUCGUUUUCAAAUACAGCAAACAGAAAACAUCAUCCGCAGCAAAACACCUACAGGACCAGAGCUGGAUUCCAGUUACAAAGGAUAUAUGAAGCUACUAGGUGAGUGCAGUGGAAGCAUAGACUCAGUAAAAAGGCUUGGAUAUAAACUGAAGGAGGAAGAAGAAAAAUUAUCUGGACUUAUUAACCUCAACAGCACUGAAACACAAACAGCUGGUGUAAUUGACCGAUGGGAAUUAAUCCAGGCUCAGGCUCUAAGCAAGGAGCUGAGGAUGAAGCAGAACCUUCAGCAAUGGCAGCAGUUUAACUCUGACCUUAAUAGCGUUUGGGCUUGGCUUGGAGAAACUGAAGAGGAACUGGAGAAGCUCCACCACCUUGAUCUCAGCACUGACAUACAAACUAUUGAGCUCAGAAUCAAAAAAUUGAAAGAGCUGCAGAAAGCAAUUGAUAACCGCAAAGCAAUCAUCUUAUCCAUCAAUCUGUGCAGCUCAGAGUUCACUCAGUCUGACAGUGAGGAGAGCAAGAAGCUUCAAGAGCGUCUGUCUCAGAUGAAUGUGCGCUGGGACCACGUAUGCAGUAUGAUUGAAGAGUGGCGCUGCUCAUUGCAGGAUGCAUUAAUGCAAUGCCAGGAUUUCCAUGAAAUGAGCCAUGGUUUGCUGCUUUGGUUAGAGAAUAUUGACAGAAGAAAAAAUGAAAUUGUGCCCAUCAAUCCAAACCUGGACCCAGAAAUGCUGCAGGAUCAUCACAGGCUUCUAAUGCAAAUCAGACGUGAACUGCUGGAGUCUCAGUUGAAGGUGGCAUCGCUACAAGAUAUGUCCUGCCAAUUGCUAGUCAAUGCUGAAGGCAAGGACUGUCUUGAAGCCAAAGAAAAGGUGCAUGUCAUUGGAAACAGACUGAAGCUUCUCUUGAAAGAUGUCAUACGUCAUAUUAAAGACCUAGAGAAAAUUCUAGACAUUUCAAGUAGUCAGCUGGAAUUGUCCUCAUGGUCCUCUGCUGAUGAAUUAGACACAUCGGGCUCAGUGAGUCCUGUAUCCGGAAGAAGCACUCCAAGCAGACAGAGAACGCCACGGGGCAAAUGUAGUCUCUCACAGCCUGGACCCUCUGUCAGCAGUCCACAUAGCAGGUUCACAAGAGGUGGCUCAGGUUCCUCCCCUUCUGAGGCUGGGCCAGCAUGGCGGCACCCAUCCUUCUUCCUCAGAGUCCUCAGAGCUGCUCUGCCACUUCAGCUCCUCUUGCUGCUCCUGAUCGGGCUGGCUUGCCUGGUGCCAAUGACUGAGGAGGACUACAGCUGUACUAUGGCCAAUAACUUUGCCCGCUCUUUCCACCCUAUGCUGAAAUACAUGAAUGGUCCACCUCCAUUAUGAAGGAGACCCGUGAGAGAGUGGGUGACCUUGCUGGAGUGUUAGCUGGGAGGCAGGACGGUUUUAAAGGCAGGAUUCAGUGUGGCAGCUUUACCUACCUGAUGUAGCCACCACUGUGUCCAUAUCAUUCUCUGCUGGCACUCAGCAGAGUAGCAUCAUUUCAUUACUCACAUCCUGGGUACUAAGGAGUAUGUGACGUGUGAGGGAAUGUCCUUCUGUCCAGCAUUCUGGAUCUUUUAGCCACUUUAUAUCCAGGUCAUUGCCCUGUACUAUGCAUAGCCAAGGACUUAAUACUGUAGAUCCUUUUCUGUCUGCUGCUCUAAAUGAGCCAUUAGCCAGUCUUUGUUAAAUACCCUCUCAGUAUCUACAGUAUACAAAAUAACCAAUGCUAAAGACAUUUUAGAGCAUUUGUAACAUACAGUUUUAAAGGAUCUUGUAUGGCAAUGUAUUAUUCCCUGUGGUUUCUGUUUCGAGCAUGGUGUUCUAACUUUUGCUUUGGAUGCACAAGGUGUAAAUCUGAGAAGCACUUUUUUAAGGUUUAAAAAAUGGAUGUAAUAAAUAAGAUCGUAAAAGGUUUUUUGAGGAAAAAUACUGAAUGUCAAGUUGAAAAACAAAGAACAUAUUUAUGUAUGUACAGUUUGCUAAGCCAAGUUCUGUUUGUAUUGAUUUCUUUGCAUUUAUUAUAGAUACCAUAAAAUAUUUUGUCUACGUGCUUUUUAAUGACAACUAUGGAAACCUCUAAGUUUAGAAUGAGAUAUAUAUGAUAUAAAAAACCUAGAAGAUGUACAUAUGCUGCACUUCUAAAAAUAAUUUUUAAAUGCUGUAAAAAAUUAACAGUAUUAGGUACAUGUUUGAAUGAGAAGAUCUGGAAAACUUGACAAAUGGUAAAAUACAUGGGAAAAUAUCACUUUAGAAGUUCUGUUAAUAUUGAAAGCUGUCCGUAUUUUGAAUUAAUGAUUGGUCAUUUCAGGUUGGUUUUUUUUUUUUUCUCAAGCUGCUUCUUGAGAAAAGUUUGUUCUCACCCAUGUGUUGUUUCUGUCUCUGUGUGUAUGCACUCAUGUGCAACCUGUGGCAACUGAGGUUGUACCAAUCCACAUUGAAGUAGAUUUUUUCCUGUGGGUGUACUGGAAACUUCUUAAUAUUCUUCAUAGCAGCUUAAUACCAAGAUGGAUGUUUAUGCUUUACUAAUAAUUAGUCUAGUGGAGUAUGCCCAAAACAUAAGCAUAAAUUGCAGAAAACCAGAACAAAUGGAAAACUCAUCAAUUUUCCAGAAAUAUUGCAGAAACUUGCAGUCUGAGCAGUGGAAGACACUCUGCCCAGCUUAUCAGUCAGAGCUCGACCAAAACAGGAUAUUUUUUUUAUUUUGAAAAAAUACAGAGCAUGGCUCUAAGUUAAUGCUCUUUAGUAAAUUUGGAUUUUUUUAAGGCAUGACACACAAUGUGAAUUUCUCCUGUUAGAUGAAUAUAUUGGUCUACAUAACAGAAAUAAAAAAAGCCAGAAGAAAAUACAAGCACAUUAAUUGCUGUUACGUAGCAUUAGUUUUCUGGGAUGUCAUCAUUUGAGCUGGUAGGAGGGGAGGGUGGUCAGAGGUGGAGUACGACAAGCUGAACUCCAGCAUUUGGAAGAGCCAAAAUAUGCUUCCUUUCCAGAUAAGUGUUAUGUUAACAUCUCCUGAAAAGGAUUUUGUAUAUCAACAAAGUAUGUUCAAUGUCUGAGACCCAGACUUAGACUGAUAGAAGGUUUGUCUUUUUUUCAAGACAUAGUUUCCUUCAUUGGUAUUCAGAAGUUAUGCUAGGCUAGAUUAGUAUAAUAAUAACAAUCACUGAUUCUGAGUAGGCGAAGAUAAGGAACACAUUUUGGGGAGACAAGGAUGAACUGUUACUUGCAACAGGCCUGAGAGAUUCCAUAAAACUGACCCCUCCUCUCUUUUCUGAUAUAAUUCUCUUUGGUGACAUAAUUUAGUCAAUGGUAAUCAGUGCACCUGUGUGAGUAAUUUGGUAGUCACUCAGAACUGUUAGUACAGGUCUCUGCAUGCUUUAGACAUCCUUUCAUCAGACAGUCCCUGGUGAUUAAUUUUUUUGUUGAAAGAAUUUUGUUUUAUUUUAAAAGAAAACAUUGUAAAGAGUAAAAAGACUAAUUUAGUGAGAAAUAAGGAUUUAAGCCUGACUUUGUCUCAUAUUUUCCAGAUGACUAUUGGUGAUUUCAUGGAAGUAGAUGUUAUCUAAAAGGUAGAAGGUAGUCCAUGAGUAUCAACCUAUGGAAGGUGAGUAUCAGCCUACGGAAGAGCCAAGCUGAUGAAAGAACCAGGCAAAAAAGUCACAGGCGAGACCUGUGUUCAUUUCUUACAGUAUUUAAAAACUGAGGGAGAUCUUGGCAGGGAGGGUUGAAAGAAGUUGGUUAGGAGUGACAGAGGAGUGCAAGGAAGGGAGUUCAGCUUGAAUGAUGUCAAAGGCAAUUAACAAAGUACUUUAUCAAAAGUAUACAUGGUAGCACCUGACAUGCUUUGAAUUAUAACCCAACAUUUGAAUUUUGUCAGCUAUUUUGCCACUCCUCUCUAGCCCCUACUUCCCUUGGUUGUUUGAAUGCCUUCCCCACUUCCCUGAUAUCUAGGGAAGAAUGGCCUGUCUUCUGCA